GAGCAGACAUGACAGCGGUGGGGGAGCUGCUGCUGGUGCUGGGUUUACUGGUGAGCGCUCACUGUGAGGUGAGGGCACGAGACCCCGAGGUGGAGGAGGAGGAGGAGGAGCUGGGAGGAAGAGCAGGAGGAGGAGGGGGAGGAGGAAUGGGAGUGGGGGGUCUUGGGACGUUUCACCAGGAGGCCACGGAGACCCCCCCACUGGGAGAGAGAGAGAACCUACUAGCCCGAAUCGGGAACAGGUGUAAAUUUGUGCAGAAGCGUGUGGUAACAAUGGUGGUGGUGUGUGGAACAGAGAAGUACACCAUCAAGUCUCAGAGUCCCUGUCUGAGCGGGACCCCCGACUGUCAGCUGGUCAUGUACAAGCUGUCCACCCGACCUCUCUACACACAGAAGCAGAAGGUCCACACCACUCUGCAGUGGCGUUGCUGUCCGGGACACGUUGGAGACAACUGUGAGGAAACAGUCCCUGAUGCUCUGCUGGAUUCUGGAGGCUCGGGUCCGACCGGAGAAUCUGAAACAGAGAGAGUCGAGCUCCUCACUCCAGACGUGCAGCUCCAGCUCGGCGACCCGAACCGUGAACAGAACGACCACCAGGCAUCUCUCGGCGAACUGCCUGACGCCAGCAACGCAAACAACCAACGCAACACCACGCACACUGCCCAAGAUAAACGACAAGAGCAGCAGUACUUGUCUGAAGCCCCUGCUGCCCUUUCCCACAUGAUGGCGCUGGUCAUGUCCCAGCUGCAGCCGCUCCUGCAGGGCUUCAACUGCUCGCUGGAGCACCUGAGCCGCCAGGUGGGGGACCUGGCCCGAGACGUGGCCCAGCUGAAGAGCAGCCAGCAGGGGGCGGAGCUGCAGGCGAGGGUCCUGAAGGAGCCCAGGCAUGACGAGGCGGCGGACGAGCGCCUGGAGGCCAAGCUGGACGAGGUUUCUGAGCACAUCAGGGAGGUUCGGGCGCAGAUGGCCGGUCAGCGGACGGACAUGGAGAACAGGCUGCACUCCCAGCAUGCAAUGCUGCACUACAACCUCACCUGCUUUAAGACGGACAUCGACAUGAAGCUGAAACGCCACCAGAAGAUGCUGCAGGUCAGCCUGCAGGCGAUGAACGCCACGCUGUCGGAGCUGAAGGUCGACCAGGAUGAGAUCACAGAGACGCUGCUGGACGAUCAGCUCCCUCGUCCCUCCCUGCACCCCCCCCAACCGCCGCCGCCCUCAGACUCCUCCUCUCUGUGGGAGGCCAUCGAGCGACUGGACAACAUGGUGGUCAACAACACGGUGAAGGUGACUGGGCUGAUGGAGGACAUGGACGUGACCUCGGGGAGCGUCCAGCGGCUGAGGAUGGACUUCACGCAAAUGGAGAAGCUGAUCAACCAGACGGCCCGAAACAGUAUGAUCCUGUUCAUGCAGACGGGGCUGGAGGUGGAGGACGCCAAGGUGGGGGUGCUGAGGCGGGUGGAGGAGCUGACGGCGAACCUGACGCAGCACAGUAAGCAGCUGCAGGAGGUGGACGUACACAUAGACUACCUGUACGACGCCCUCUACCAGAACCACUCAGCCGCAAACUGCGACUGCAGCGGGCUGACGGCCGCCGUGGCUCGGCUGGACAGGAGCGUUGCCAACGUGACGGCGCUGGCUAACGAGAACAAAAUGGCUCUGGACGAGAACAACGAGGGAGAGCUGGAGCAGAUGGGCAGGGCCAGCAACUGGGAGCCGGCGGUAGAAGCAAUUCAACAUGACCUCCAACAGGUGAAGGAGUCUCUGGUCUGGGAGCAGAGCAGGACCAGGACUCUGGACGACACCCUGACCCGGCUGGACAGCUCGCUGACGGACGUCCAGGCCGAGGUCAGCGGUCUGAAGGAGCGGGAAGAGAAGCUGAAGGAGUGGAAGAACCGUCUGUCGGGCUCCUUCAACUCUCUGCUCAAAGACGUCAUUCGACACAGCGACGUGCUGGAGCUGCAGCUGGGGGAGGAGGUGCUGGAGUUCCUGGAGUGGCCCUUCCAGGACCAGGAGGCCAACUCCAUCCCGGCCCUGAGGAAGCAGCUGAGGCACCUGCAGAAGCAGCUGAGCAGUCACAACCGGAGCAUCACGUCGCUGCUCAACAGCAGGACAGGAAGUGGAGAGGAGGUGCCGUCUGCUGACCAGCCCUCCUCCUCACACCUUCCCCCCGACCACUGGCCUCCUGGUGAGAUGAGCGACGCUGGAGAAGCGGCCAGGGAGCGACAGCUUCUCCUCCAACCUGUUGGGAGGCAUCAGGAGCUGGGAGGAGACGGCAGCGAUCUGUGGAACCUGGAGAAAACGGUGGAGGAGCUGGACCUGAAGGUGCAGCAGCUGGAGGAGAAACCCUGCCCCUGCCCCACCACCUCCACUCAGAGGGAGGUGCAGCCCGGGGGUGAGGACGCCAAGCUGCAGGCGGAGGUGACGUGGCUGAAGAGAGGCCUGGAGGAGCACCUGAGGGUGUUCAAGAACGUGUUCAGCAACGCAGACGUGCUGGUGGGAUCCGAGGCCACGCUGGAGCUCGACAAACUGCUGCAGCUGGUGCAGAACCGAGACGGGAAGAAAGAGAACAGGAAGAAAGGAGGAAGAAGAAAGGAGGGAUCAGGAAGAGGAGGAGACCAUCGAAACAAGAGGGAUUCAUUUGGCGUUCCUGUGCUGUCCGACCAAUCAGAAGACUCCCUGAUGUUUGUGGGUGGAUCUCCUCUGAGCCUCGCGGACAGCGUCAUCACAUUCGAUGCGUCUCUGAACCGGGGUCAGUUUCAUUCGGACUCCGGCACCUUCACGGCUCCAGUGGGCGGGCUCUACCUGUUCAUCCUCACCUUGGACCUGAGGCCGGGCCCCGCCCACGUGGUCCUGCAGAGGGCGUCGGGCGGAGCUCCGGCGUCUCUACACCGACGGGCGGUGGCAGAGGCGGGGCCUGCUACAGGUGUGAGCCUCCUGCUGCUGAGGGAGGGGGAGGAGGUGAGGCUGGAACUGAGGGGAGGAGCGUGGGUGGAGUCAAAGGACAAUGUGUUCACUGGGUUGCUGCUCCAAAGGACCACCUGAGGGCGCUGUGCUGCGAUCAGAUAACUGCUGGAGGACAAUGAGAGAAAAAACUUUUUGUUCGGUGUUUCCUGAUGGUUACGCUUCACUCUGAUUCGCUGCCGACGCUGCUCGCUCACUUCUACCAGAGGUUUUAAAGACGUGACAUCAGAUCAGCUGCUUCUCUCUUAGGAUAAAAAAACACUUGUGGCUACGUCAGCGUCUGGAAAACUGAGCUGAGCUUCAUUUAUCAAAGAGGAAUUCUGCUCUGAAAUCUACGUCAGAAAGUUUUGUUGAAUCCCUUCUUAGGAAAAAUAGUUUUUUUUAAAAGGGAAUUUAUAUUUUAACAUAUUUUACAUGAGAAGAAAAUAUUUGUUAUGUAAAGUCACGAGUGUGUGAUGUUUGUAAAGUGCCAAUAUUAUUCUGUAAAAACACACAGAGCAGUAUAUAUUUAUAUAAACCAACAGCUGAGCCGGAUUUGUGUGGAAAUGAGAUGAAAGUGUUUUCACAAUGAAAAGAUGUGUCACAAAAUAAAAAAGUUUUAUCUACAAA